AUGGAUGAGGUCUCAUCUACGAGUAACGUCGAGGACGAAAACAAUGCAUUUGCAAGCGAGAGCGGUAUCGAUCUGGACAGACACCACGUGCGCGGCACCCACCGCAAGGCACCCAAGAGCGACAACGUCUACUUGAAGCUCCUCGUCAAGCUUUACCGCUUCCUGGCCCGUCGUACCGACUCCAGCUUCAACAAGGUCGUCCUGCGCCGCCUUUUUAUGUCCCGCAUCAACCGACCCCCCGUCUCUGUCUCCCGCAUCGUUGGUCAGAGCAAGGGUCAGGAGGGCAAGACCGUCGUCGUUGUCGGUACCAUCACCGAUGACAACCGCCUGCUCCAGGUCCCCAAGCUGAGCAUCGCUGCUCUGCGCUUCACCGCCACUGCCCGUGCCCGCAUCCUGGCCGCCGGUGGUGAGACCCUCACCCUCGACCAGCUCGCUCUGCGUGCUCCCACUGGUAGCAACACCCUGCUGCUCCGUGGCCCCAAGAACUCCCGUGAGGCCGUCAAGCACUUCGGCAUGGGCCCCCACAAGAACAAGAAGCCCUACGUCCAGUCCAAGGGCCGCAAGUUCGAGCGUGCCCGUGGUCGCAGACGAUCCCGUGGUUUCAAGGUCUAA